AUGGCAAGCUCAGAUUCCGCCGACAUUAUCGCUAUCAUUGACAAUGUCCAGUCUUUGAGUGGCAAGUCGUGCCAUGAAGACACCGCAUUGUUGGAGCCUUACACGUACAUCCAGUCGCGCCCUGGAAAGGGUAUCUGGGAGCGGAUGAUCCAAGCCUUCGACCACUGGCUCAAGGUACCCAAGCCGCAGCUUGAAAUUAUCACACGAAUAGUGGACCUACUGCACACUGGAAGUCUUAUGAUUGACGACAUUGAAGACAACUCUCAGAUAAGAAGAGGCGGACCGGUUGCGCACAAAGUAUUUGGGAUCCCUAAAACACUGAACGCCGCGAAUCUCGCGUAUUUUAUGGCUUACCGAGAAUUGUCUUCCUUGAAGGAAAUUUAUUCCACAUCUGGUUGUCACGAUUACCCUUACCUAUACAAGGCCGACAGACGACCACUGUCUGUUAUUUUGGAUGACAUCGUUACCGGUACGCACUAA